UGGCGUUUUGUCAUUUGUUUUGCAAUAUUUUCUAAUUUUGUAGAUUUAUUACGUCAAAAUGAAGGCAACCGGAAGAGUUCAGAAUAUGCUAUGUCAUUCGUGAACACGUAAUAUUGCUGUGACUGUGUCAAGAGACAUUCAGUACUUCUAGAUGUAGAAUAGUGCCCACCUUCCCAUCCCUUGUUUGUGAUAUGUGAUUAUUGUGGAUAAAGAGAAAAAAAUAACGCUUCCAAGAUGUUGUACAUAUUCCUGAUGGAUACCGGCAAUAUGCUAACCUUUGAUAUCAAUUUAACUAUGGACUCUGUGUCUAACCUGCAGGCAGCCAUAGCUGCUGACCAUAAGAUAGCAGAAGAUAAACAGGUGUUGUUGAUCAGCGGUGGGGAGCAUCUUGAUCCUAACCAGCGUGUUUGCAGCUACAGCAGUGGAACAGACACUAACCCAAUAUUCUUGUUCAGCAAAAGCACCAUAGAAUCAUCUGUACCUCCUUCGAUCUCUGAGAGUAUCGUCUCAGACUCAGAGAUGCGAGACCAAGUAGAAGGUGCCCUCAACAUGCCCCCAUCCUAUGAGACUGUGGUCACAAGGGCUCAACUUGCUCUGCAAUUCCAUGAAGUUGCUCGUGAGGAACUGAAGACGUGUGAACAGCUUGUGCAUGAUCAACACCUCCAGCAUCAGGGCUGGGCGGCUGCUGUAGCAAACCUGGAGGACAUUAGCAUGUCGUUCACAAACAGAACUGAGAUAUUCAAACAGAGCUUCAAAGAGUUCCUGAAUUCAAGGACUGGAUAUCUGGAGGUCCUGUCAAGUUUUCAUCUCACCCUUGAUCUCCUAUCGCGAAUGCCGCUGUUACCUUGCCUCACAACGGAUGGCGGUGAAUGGGUAACCAAGUCAGACAAUCCCAAAUCCCUGCUCAACUGGAUCACCUCUCAGGACAGUAGGAAUAGCUUAGAACAGAUGGCAGAAACAUGUGGCAAGGGAAUUGAGCAGUUCGAUGAACAUGUGAUGGAGACAUUACUCAGUGAGGUGCAAAGCGUUGUUGAAAGUGUGAAUAAUCCCAGUAUGAAGGAGGUGAAAGGUCUAGAGGAUAGGCUGUCCAAGCUCGAGCAGCUCAUGUUUAGUGCCAGGAGACUCCUGGGGGAACAGGGAGAAAUGUCACAGGGUUUCAUCCAAAAUCAAAACCGUGCAAGCAACGUGCGUGAUAAUUCCAUCUUCCCUGACCUGUGUGCCAGUCACAAGCAGCAGUUAAAGGUCAUGCUCCAGAACCACCAAAAUUUGAUCCUCGCCAGAGGGAAAUGUGCCAAAGCGAAGGAAGAACUGUGUUAUAACCUCCACCAAAGAUUAAGAUGGAUCAUGUAUGUUGAGAAGAACCUAUACGAUGUCGACGGCAAACUAGUCAUCCAUCAUGAAAACCUGAAGAGAUUGAAGCGUAAACUUGAGGUACUUCAGCAUGUCCAUAACGCACCAAAGGUUUACUCAAAGAUUGUGACAGAGAUUUGUAGAAGGAGGAAUUUCUGUGAGAAGUUCACCGAGUGGGCUGCUUCACUAGCUGAGGAUUCCAGCCACCUGUAUAAAGAAGAGAUCGCCAGACGCGCUGCAGUCGUUGAGUUUGUUGGCCACCAUUUCUUCAAGGCUCUGUUCCCAGGAAUUCAUGACCAGCCACCACCUUUUGCAACUGAACCUCCUGGAGUAUUUGAUAGUAAUCUACCUCAAGUCACAGCAGAAGACAUAGAGACACUGCAGAAAUCAUUACCAGAACUGGCAGAUUUCCUGAGAGUUCCAGAACCCUUUGUUAUAGCCAACCACUUCUCCUCUGUCACGCUGAGGGGAACGGAUAGUAUGAGACUGGACCAGUCCACAUCGGACAUUGAGGUGAUCAACCACCCAGACGAGAUGUCACCAAGACGGGAAGUUAGGUCACAGCUCAUAAAGGACGUUAUUGAUGGUGCUAAGAAGGAUGACGAGAUGGUACAGUCGGAUGUGGAAAUACUAGACAUGGAGUCCGAUACGUUUGGUACACCUCCAGACACGAGAGUACCAAGUCGGCUCGGUGCAAGCAAGGAACCAGGUGUGAAGAAAUCCGCAGAGCUUCAGACGCCUGUGAAGAAAUCAACAUCAGAUGUGAAAGUGACGGAACAGAGUAAAGAUAUUGUUAUAAGUGGGCAGGCAUUGAGUACGUCUCCCUGUCUUUCACCGCACGAUGAAACAUCAGAUGAGUUCACGACAGCUGUCUUUUAUAUCGACGAGUCAAUGCCUUCUUCCAUGACCGAGUCGCCACCUAUAAAAUACAGGGUAGCGGAACUACAACAAAUGGUUCAUGAAAAAACUGCUCAGUUAGAAGCCAGUGAGAACACUGCGCAUGUAUAUAAAGACAAACUAGACAAGGUUGAGGUAAAAUUUAAAUCGUUGUAUUCGUUAGCGGAAAAAGAGAUGUUGAAGAUUAAGUGUGAUCUUCUUGGUACUGAAAAAAUUCUGCAGAAGGAGAAGGAGGAAUUCUCUGAAUACAUCGACACCAUCACAAAGAGUAUUCUAAGUGCCAUGAACAAAGUAGAAGCGGAGCAGGCAAAAAUCCAUCAGCAGGAAUUCAAUCAGCUCAGGAACGAACUUGAAACACAGCUUAAGGAUAAGGAGGAAAAGUGUGUAGAACAGAGUGCGACGAUGAAAAUGCUUGAAGCGGACUUGGAACAGUAUCGGGAGCAGAUUACAAAGGUUAAUGAAGAACUUGACGAGCAGAAGGAGAAAAUGGAAUCGGUGGUUUUGGAAUUGAAGGAGGGAUUCGAAGCAGAAAAAGAUGCGAUAAUGAAAAGUUUGACUUUGGAGCAUGAGGUUGAGGUGGAGAAAGUACGAGCUGAGUUUGAAAAGGAAAUUGGUGAUAAGGACGAGAAGCUCUCUAAUCUAGACAUUGUGGUCAGUGAAAAGAGUUCAUCUUUGGAGAAAAUUAGCAAAGAGUUGGAAUGUUUGAAAGAAGAGCUUAUGGAGAAGUUCCAAAAGGAGAAAGAUGAAAUUGUAAAAAUUAUGGAAAAAGAUAAUGCGGAGAAAAUGGCUGCUAUGGUAGCAGACGUGACUGAAAGAUUGGAGCAGACCCAUGGGUCAGAGAUUGAAGUUUUGAAAAAGGAACAUGAGAAAAAAUUGGCAGAUGCCUGUGAGGAAAUACAGGAGACUUUAAAAAAGGAGUUUGAAAUACGGUGUAAUGAUAUCAGAAGUGACUUGGAGAAGGAGCAUAAUAAAUUAGUUGAGAAAAUCCGUCAAGAAUUGGAGAGUGCGAAACUGAAGGAUUUAGAUGAACUUCGAGCAGGACUUAUGAAGGAGCGUGCGGAUGAAGUCGAGGGGUUGAAGUGUGAUAUCUCGGAGGUGCAGCAGGAGAUGAAGCGAAUGCAGGAUUGCACGGUGUCUGAGGAGGAAGUGGUUAAGUGGAAGGCAGAUGCUGAACGUGAUAAAGAACUUGCUGUGAAAGAGGCUUUGGAUAAAUUAGUGAAGGAACAUACUGCUACGAUAGACACUCUAAUCCAGCAGCAUGAAAAAGAUAAACAAGACAGUUUGAACUCAAUGAAGACAAGUAUGGUGGCUGACAAACAGGUUGUCUUUAAUGAAGCAUUAUCAAAGGUUGUAGCAGAGAAAGACAAAGUGAUCGAUGAUUUGAUGAAGAGGGAACAGUCGUUGAUGGCAUUGCAGGAAAAAGACAGAGAGAUGAUCCAGAUGUUGAUGUCGGAGCGAGAUGAGGACAAAGCAUCCACGCUGGGGUCUCGGGAACAGCAGCAUGAAGCAAAGGGUACCCCUCAAACGUUGGAAGACGACUUAGCCAAAGCUCAGAGUGACAUAGAAAGGUUACAGGUAUCAUCUGGAGGCAUGACUCUGUCAACCAUGGGGCAGUCUUCCAUGGGCCUUUCUGUCGUACCGAUCAGAGAGAGCAUGUCGUUAACUGACACGGAUACCUGCUUCACAGUAUCAAGAAUUGAAGAACUAGAGACCAUCAUACGAGAUAAAGAUGAAGAGAUAGGGAAACUCCAGACGAAAAUGAUGGAGCUUUCUAUGACCCAGAGCACGCGGUUCUUAAUGCAACACGAUAAGGUCUCCAUCACAACGUGCCACGUGGGGGACUUGGUUCUGCUGUGUCUGGAUGAGAGACAUGACCACUACGUUGUAUUCACAGUCGGAACAACAUUACAUUUCCUCCAUUCUGACUGUCUGGAUACCCUCAACUUGAAGAUAUUUCCUGGCGAAAAUAGGAAGUCUUGGGUGCUAGCUGAGGUGACAGAGAAAGAGUAUUGUCAGGCAAAAAAGCCACAGAACAGAUUCAAAGUGCCAGUCGGUACAAAGUUCUACCGUGUCAAAGCCAAACCAUGGGAUCGGGAAGCAGCUUUAAAGAAAGACUCGGCCUCGGCAAGCGUCAAAUGAUGGUGCGCUAUGUCUAGCUCUGUUUGAAUGUGAUGAACUGUCUUAUGAUGUAUGUGUGUAAAUAUAACAGUAGUGUGUUGUGACUAGUCUAAUUCAUGUGAUAUCAAACCCAUUUACCCUAGAAUGCACUUCACUGUGUUUGCACUAUUCAGGUAGGCCUCUCAAAUUACUGAGCUUGCUUAACCUGGAAAGGACCUGGAAGAAUGUGUGCAUCACUGGUAAACCUGGCCAAAAGUAAUGCUUAGUGGUAUUUUUAAAAUAGCAAGUUCAGACAAAAAAACGCUCCUGUAAGACGAUACGUAGCGGCAAACAUAUGCUGUGCAUGAGUUGUGAAUCACCCAUACAUAAAUUGAUACUUCAUACGAGAGCGAUCUUUCAGUGUGCAGGAAUUCGCCAUGUCAUAUCAUUUUUCAGAUAUGUCUCUUUCUCAAUCGUCCAUUUGUCAAAUCAAUGAUCUCACUCUUAAGUACAAUAUUGCUGUAUCCUUAGGUGACCUAUUGAUGUGGAUAUUGGCAGAUUUUGUCAAAGUUGCCAAUUUGAUAUUUGUCAAUUAUCAUCCUUGCCAAACUAGGGCCUUCUGUACACCAACUUUUUGGCAGAAGCAGUCUAUUUGUAUUCAUGUUAGUGGCCAAAUCAAAGGCCUGGCCAAGAAUAGGGUAAGCUAGAUGCUUGUGGAUGCCUGUUGUGCAGUUGGCUGAUGAAAGUGAUGGUCAGCCAACAAAUUGAUAGGGAUAUUUCUGUAACAUCUUAUCACUUACAAAGUGUGCAGCCAUGAAUUGUUUUGUUGAGGUUAUGUGCGAUUGUAGACACAUAUUACAAGAACACAUUUUUGGCUUGUGCUAUUCUUACAUUUCACUUCACUGGCCUGGUUUUUUUUUCUCCAGAGCAUCUUGACGCAGGCUACAGUGGACCAUAAUACCACCCAAAGAUGUCAUGAUGCAAUGUACUAUGAUGCAGUACAAAUUGCAUGACGUUUUGCAUGGUGUAUAAUGCUGUGGAAAGCCAUAGCAAGCCCUGUAAUACGGUGUUACAUCCCGUAUUGAAGUGGUGAAGAUGAUGUACAUGUAUAUCACUUGUGUGUAUUACUGUUGUGAUAAAAAAAGAUGCUAGAUUUAAUUUGACAUGAAAGACAGAAUGUGUUGUAUUAUAACUUGUAAAUAUGUAAAUUCUGCAAUGGGUGUCUAGGUUUUUAAGGAGGCGGUCUACAAUAUUGAUGUUUUUCACAAUCCUACCUGUCAUUGUCAUUGUUAUCAUGGCAUUUAUGCUUUUAUGAGGAAACAGAUUGACAACAAAUUGGACAAAAAAGCAAUUCAUCUUGUCAACUUUCUACUUAAUUGUUACAUGAAAAUUGUAUCUACCUUACUUUCACCCCAAGUUACAACUGUGAUAAAUAUCAGUAGUGUGAACUGCUGCUCUGGUUAAAUUUCGAGGUUGUGUUACAAAUGUUUUCUUUAGGGAGGUGAUGGCAUGUAUUUCUUGCUGGAACUUCACCUUGGCCACUUUGGCCAUACACGUAUUUGAUAAUUUCUCUACAUUUACUGAUUUCUCUGUUGUGCACAUGCUGGCUUUUGUGCUUUAUGUCACGGUUCUUCCAGCGGUCUUUGGAGUUAGUCGUGGCCAUCCUGAUUUCUGUAUUGGUUUUGACGGGAAAUGUAUGAGGCUAAGAUAAUAUCUAACGAAAUUUCCCGAAGUGAGCAACCAAGGUUUUGUAUUGCCUAUUGUAAGUAAAUUCAAGCAAUUCAAUGUGUUUUUUGGCGGAUUCAUCUGGAUGAUAUGCGGUGCCCACUCGUUAUGUUUGGGAGCAAAAUUAUAUGCCAUGGCAAGUAAAUGUUAUAUCAUUGUUAUAUAAAUAUUCAUAUUAAAUAAAAUUGCAUUGUUUGCACCGAUUGCCCGAUUGUUCACCAUACAUUGGUAAACACACUUUGGCUCUGUGAUCCAUGUUCCCUUGAAUGGCGAGCUAUAUGAGCAGUAUAUACAAUGGCCCAGCUCCACUUUGUAACAUUUCCGGCCUACCAGCCCCGUGUGGAGAUAAUCUUAUAUCAAGGCUUCUACUCUGCUUGUUUAGGAAACUUUGCAGUUGCUGUCCUGUUUUGGCUAAGAUUUUAAGUUAUAUUUAAGACGAAUGUGUCUAACUUCUUUACCAAAGUAGCCGCAGUAUAUUGAUGUAUUAUUGUACAUGUACAUAUGGGAAUGUAUGUAGUGUAUAUAUAUAUUAGUAUUGGGAAAGAUAUAAAACUGAUAUGGGGUUCAUUGUUAUUUCCUUUAUCCUUUCAAACAUGAAAUAAAAUUAGAUGGAAUAAUUUA